AAUAUAUUUUUACCAUUUGCAAAAUCCUCCAAUCCCUCGAAAAACCCUAGCGGCCACAGAUCCAAGCCGAAGAAGCAUCACCUCCAACUAGGGUUUCUCUGAUUCAACAAUGGCGGACGUUGAGACCGAUGUGGCGGCGGCGGGACUGCCGAAGAAGAGGACGUUCAAGAAGUUCAGCUUCAGAGGAGUCGAUUUGGAUGCUCUUCUCGACAUGUCUACCGAUGAGCUCGUCAAGCUCUUCCAAGCCCGUGCUCGUAGAAGGUUUCAGAGGGGUUUGAAGCGUAAGCCUAUGGCUCUCAUCAAGAAGCUUCGCAAGGCGAAAAGGGAGGCUCCACCUGGUGAGAAGCCAGAACCAGUCCGUACCCACCUCCGAAAUAUGAUCAUUGUGCCUGAAAUGAUUGGAAGCAUUAUUGGGGUUUACAAUGGUAAGACCUUCAAUCAAGUUGAAAUCAAGCCUGAAAUGAUUGGGCAUUACCUUGCUGAGUUCUCAAUCUCCUACAAGCCUGUCAAGCAUGGUAGACCUGGUAUUGGUGCCACCCAUUCGUCAAGGUUCAUUCCUCUCAAGUGAUUGUUAUAUGCCCUAUAUAUUUAGUCUGUGUUAUUUUCUAAGAAUCCUAUGUCGAUCAAAUUUUUGUUUGCUACUCCAGCUACAUUUUAAUCUUUCUAUGUUGUUGAACCCUUUAGAUGGAACUUCAGCUUAUAGUGUGAAAGUUGGUGCAUUUGAUGUUUGGGAAUAGUUUUUAUAUUUGGCUUAAUCUUUUCGAGUGCUUUCAAUGCUCCA